AUGUGGUCUGCUCUUUGUGUCGUCAUCUUGGUCCUGGAGGCCAAAGCGAACAACCCGGACCCUAACGCUCAACACAAUGGUGGGGGCUCCCAGUGUGGGGAGUACACGAACCAGGUGAUGGAGAACGGGAUGUGUCGGCUAGUGGCCACACUGCCUCAGCUUGACGAACAGAGGUGCCCCGACAUGUUCCGCUGCACCGACGAGGUUUCCUACUGGCUUCAUGAGAAUGACGACAGGAAGCAGCAGAUCCUGACGCUGAAGGAGACCAUCUCUGAGCUGCAGGAGGAGCUGAGGAAUCACAGGCACCGCAUCAAGGUCCUGGAAAUGCAGAGUGAGGAAAAGCACCACGUGAAUGCCUCCAUGGAGCAGCGUUUUCAUGAGCUGGAGGUGCACUAUGCUGAGGCCACCACCCUACUGCACUUACAGGGCACUCUCAUUUUGGACCUACAGAACCAGUUGCAUAACCUGACAAUGUUGGUGGAGAGAGUGAAAAGGAGUCCCGGUUGCAUGAUCAACAUAGUCCGUCCCAAUCCUCUGAUGAGCGCCCAGGAGGCGCUGCACCCAGAAGUUCACCAUGUGAGGAACUGUCCCAUUGACUGCGCUUCUAUCUACUACAGUGGAGUGAGGAGAUCAGGUCUCUACACAGUGGUGCCAUCCUUAGGGGGAAUGCCUGUGGAGGUCUACUGUAAUAUGGACACUGAUGGUGGUGGCUGGACUGUGAUUCAGAGGCGAGUGGACGGCUCGGUGAGUUUCGACCGGAGCUGGAGGGAUUAUAGGGAUGGUUUUGGUGAUCUCAACUCCGAGUUCUGGCUGGGCAACGACCACAUCCAUGAUCUGAGCACCCAGGGGGACUACAGCCUCCGUAUUGACCUGGAGGACUGGAGCAACAAGCACAAACACGCCCUCUACCAGAGCUUCAGUGUGGAAGAUGAGGAACAUCAGUACCGUCUUCAUGUAUCAGGCUUCAGUGGCACUGUGCAGGACUCUUUCAGUUGGUAUCACGACAAGCAGGGCUUCAGCACCCCCGACAGUGGUAACAUCUGUGCUGAAAUCUCCCACGGGGGCUGGUGGUACAACCAGUGCUUCUACGCCAACCUCAAUGGAGUCUACUACAGGGGAGGCCGCUACACCCCGAAAGGGCGGGGGCCCCUGGGGCCCGACGGCAUCGUUUGGUACUCGUGGAGAGACUCCGACUAUUACUCCCUCCGCAAAGUCAGCAUGAUGAUCCGCCCACGCACCUUCCGAAACCGCAUGUCACCCUGAACCGCCGUCACUGUGAUGAUGACCACGAAGAUGAAGGAUCAGCACCAUGUAGGCAGCAGGGAUGAUGUGUAACAGUUUGCAGUGAUGCUUGACGUGACAUGAUGCGACAACAUGGUAGCCCAUCUAAGGUCAUAAAGGGUUAUGG